AAAGACAAUGUUCUAAAUCCUACACUAUUUUCGCUCAAACUUGUUCAUUCAAUUAUAUUGAUCACAAUUUUCAUUCUAGGCUUUAAUUAUGUGGUUUGACAAAUGUGCAUAAAAUGUAAAGAUCGCGUGUGCUAUUCGUUCUGUGGAUAAAUAUACAAACAUGCAUGUGAGGUGAACAUUGAGUGUGUUAAGCUGAACUAUAACGUUAUUAAAACGUAAAAUGUUGCCUACGGAAAAAGAGGAAGUAUUAACUGUGACCUACAGCAGCGUCGGCGAUGUUGUCAUGUGCAAUGGUGUCCAUUGCCAUAACGACUAUGAGCGCGCUACCGAGCGCAGCCCUUUGCUUCCGGGACUGUCUACGGUGAAAUGCCGGCCCGCAGAUGCAUCGACAUCGACAUCGACGGACGAGGCGGAUGACGGCUCAAACGACUCUCGUGGGUCGGGGCUGCGGUCCCUCACGCGAUCGCAGAUUAUCAUUCUGGCGAUGACGGCCGUUUCCGACCUGCUUGUCUUCCUGAGUAUCUCCAUAAUGGCGCCAUUCUUCCCGGAAGAGGCGCUUGCCAAGGGAGUGAGUGACACGUUGUCCGGUUGGAUUUUCGGAACAUCUCCGUUCGUUCAAUUUCUUGUCGCACCCUUUAUAGGAAAACUGAUGCCGCAUACUGGUUUGAAGUUUAUGUACCUAGCCGGGGUGUUUCUGUUUAGUGGCUGUACAAUUCUCUUCGGUUUACUGGAAUAUGUUCCAACGGACAAUGGGUCGGGCGUGUUUAUCACGCUGGCCUUCUGUCUCCAGGCUGUCCGGUCGGUAGGGAGCGCGAGCACCUCUACUGCCUCCUUCACCCUCCUCCUCACGCACUUUCCUGACAACGUCUCCAUGGCAUUCGGCUUUUGUGAAGUGUUUGUUGGAUUGGGUCUGGUAUCUGGUCCUGGUCUCGGUGGUCUACUGUACGGGGCUGGCGGGUUUGUUUUGCCGUUUUUCACCAUUGGAGCCCUAGCUCUGUUGUGUCUUCCAGUGAUAGCUUGUGUUGCGCCCUUUCCCAAACACGGGAGUAUAUCUAAAGACGUAAAGCAGUCCCAGGGGUCGUACACGCAAAUUGUUUGCAAUGCCAAUGGCAUCAUUAUAAGUCUGACCAUCAUUUCAAGCACGGUCAUGUGGUCUAUCCUCGACCCGACACUGGAACCGUUUUUAAGGAAGUUCCAUCUGUCACCGGAAAUAGUAGGGGUGUUGUUUUUAGUUAUGGCAGCAGUAUACGCCGCCUCCUCGCCGCUCUGGGGAUGGCUGUCUGACAAAAUAACAGACAAACGUCCACUACCUAUAAUAGGUUUCAUGACAGCGUGCUGCGGAUCAUUGUUAAUAGGUCCAUCCCCGCUUCUUGGUCUGGACGCAAACUACAGUGAGUUGUGGCUAGUGAUACUGUCGCUUGUGAUUCUCGGUGCGUCAUCCAGUCUUUGUUCAGUGCCAACAUUUGACAUGUUUCUCAUGACAGCCCAAGAGCAAGGUUUGGAAGACAACACAAUGACAUACAGCCUAGUUGCUGGGGUAUGGAUGUCCAUGUACUCGCUCGGGGAUUUCAUCGGGCCGUCAGUGGGCGGUUUCCUCCUGGACACAGUGGGUUUUCCCGAGAUGACAACUUUCUCAGCGGGCCUAAGUCUGCUGAUGGCGAUCAUUCUGGCGCUGCAGUACGCGUGUGAUCACGGGAGGUGUUGUAGGUGCUGCAAGAACAUACAGCUCAAGGAGGUCUUUAGUUAUCAUACUUUUGACAAUAGCGAAUGUACAAGACUACCAACUUGAUGCCAGUUUUGAAAAUAGCGAAAAAACAAGACUUCUAACACGAUAACAGUUUUGAAAAUAGCAUUUUUUCAAGAAUGCGUCUGAACUAUGGGAACUGGAACAAAAAGGGCAUGCAACAAGAAAUCGGACGAUUGGUGAUUGAAUCGGAAUAAAUUAGUUUCAAACUGAGAUCCGAAGGACAGAAGGAGAGAAACUAUUACUCUAUAAUUUUAAUAUUUUUUAUCAAUGAACGCUUUAAUGUUAGAUACAGUUUGAUACUUUUAAAUAAAGUUAUAUAAUUUUGAAUGUUCUAAUAUAAAUAAAUAAUAAUUUGGAAUUGUAAAUUUUGUUGAAAAAAUGUUGGAACAGUGUGAACGUGAAAAAAUGAAAUUACAAAACAGUUUCAAUAAAAGUGCAAGUCUUACUAAAGUAGUUUUCCUCGUGAAAUAAAAAAAAAAUAGUAUCAGUGUUUUAAAUAACAUGAUAGGUGACAUACUUAAAUUAGGAAAAUGACAUAAGAUAGGAAAUGACUUAAGAUGUUUUAUGAAUACCGGCCCUGCUCAAUAAUUUAGGACAGAGAUAGUAGUGGUAUUUUAGGUUGAAAAUAAGGUUUAGCGUUUGCGUGAAACAUAAACACGUUCAGUAAUAUGUUUGAACAUGUAAGUCCUCUGAGCCUUUUCUUUCUUGAGUCAUUGAUGUAUUCUUCAUUAUGUCAACAUCUCUGAGAAUAUUUUUAACUGGUAAAAGGGUCUCUCCCUCAGUGUAUAUUAUG